AUGGGGACGAAUCAGCGCUUUGGUCACGCCUCCAUGAAUGCCGGGGCGGAGUCUCCUCCGUGGCCACGCCCCUCUCCUCUUUCACGGAGACGAAUCGGCGCUCUGGCCACGCCCCUCGGAAUUCCCGGGGCGGGGUCUCCUCCGUGGCCACGCCCCUCCUCUUUCACGGAGACGAAUCGGCGCUCUGGUCACGCCCCUAGGAAUGCAGGGGCGGAGGUCUCCUCCGUGGCCACGCCCCUCUCCUCUUUCACGGAGACGAAUCGGCGCUCUGGCCACGCCCCUAAGAAUGCCAGGGCGGGGUCUCCUCCGUGGCCACGCCCCUCAGCAAACCGCGGAACCAUCGCCCUGGACACGCCCUCCCGAGAGCUGGGCGGAGUCACUCUUAUAGCCACGCCCUCAGCCCGCCACGGACGAAUCAACUCCCUGACCACGCCCCUCAGCUUCCGCAGGGCGGAGUCGCAGCUCGGUAUCGUCCAAUCAGAGCCUCCAGAAGCAAGAGGGGCGGGGCCUGGGCGGGGCUACAAGAGCAAGCUGCAGGGCGGGCCCAGGUGUGCGCGGCGCGGGCGGCGGAGCCCAGGAGAGCGGCGUUGGGGCGACUGGUGCGGGAAUCAAGAAGGAAUUGUUUGGACCCCAAAAGAGUGGCAUCGGGGUGCCCCCACCUCCAGGAUGUGGAAGCCAGAGCUGGAAGAGCCGCUUGGCGAAGAGCCGUGGAAAGACGAGGAGGCAGCGGCAGCCGUGCCGGGCACGGAGCGGAGACCCUCAGCGCUGAGCACCGACCACCCAUUCUCCGACGUGGCCAGACACGACAUCCUACAGGUGGCAGGGCACGACCGCUGGGGACGGCGUGUGGUCACCUUCAGCUGCUGCCGCCUGCCCCCCUGCCACCAGAUUGACCACGGGCGCCUGCUGGAGUACCUGAAGCUCAUCGUGGAGCAGCUGCAGGAGCCCGAGUAUGUGCUAGUCUAUUUUCACCAUGGGCUGCGGCGCAUCAACAGGCCGGCCCUACGCUGGCUGCAGGACGCCUACGGGGAGCUGGGCCGCCGGCCCCGGAAGAGCCUGAAGAAGCUCUACGUUGUGCACCCCAGCAGCUUCCUCUCCGUCCUCUGGGGUGUCUUCCGGCCCCUUGUCAGCCACAAGUUCGGGCGGAAGGUGGUGUACUGUAGGUCCCUGGAGGAGCUGUGGGUUCACCUCCCUGACGAUCAGCUGCUGGUACCGCCUGAAGUCCGGCGUUAUGAUGAGAGGAUCCAAACCCUGCUCCAGGGCCGGCAGCCCCCUCUUGAGAGGACGCCGCCCCCGCGGCCACCCCUGCCCACCCAGCAGUUCGGAGUCAGCCUGCAGUAUCUCAGAGACAAAAACCCAGGUGAGGUUAUCCCUCUGGUGCUGAGGUCCACAGUUACGUACCUGAGAGAGAAAGGGCUCCGCAGUGAGGGCCUAUUCCGGAGACCGGCCAAUGCCCAGACGGUGGUUGAGAUCCAGCGACUCUACAACCAGGGGAAGCCAGUGGACUUUGCUGCCUACGAGGACGUGCACGUGGCUGCCGUGGUCCUCAAGACCUUCCUCCGAGAGCUGCCUGAGCCGCUGCUGCCCCCUGAGGCCUGCGAGCAGAUUCUUGGCCUCACUGGGGUGGAGAACAGCCUGCGGGUGACGCGCUGUCGCCAGAUUGUGCAGAGCCUCCCGGGACACAGCUCCGCCGUCCUCAGCUACCUCAUGGGCUUCCUGCAUGCGGUGUCCCGGGAAAGUUUGUUCAACAAGAGCAGCAGCUCCAGCUUGGCCUGCGCCUUUGGACGGGACAUCUUAUGGCCGUCGCAGGGCUUGUCCUCGCCUGGAGACCUGGUGCCCCUGAGCCUCUUUGUGGAGCUGCUGAUUGAAUACUACGAGAAGAUCUUCAGCGACCCCAGGGCAAGCGGGGAGGCCUCAGGGAUGCCUGUCCCUGGAGGCUUCGCCCAAGACGGGCACUCCGCUGGCCACCCCGAGCCCACCGUGGCCCCGCCGCCACGUCCCCCACGCCCCCCGCUGCCGCUGGUGGCCGGGAGACUCAUGCGGACUCUUCAAUAA